AUGCAAGAACAAUAGGAAUAGCGAAAAUCCACAGAUCUCAUUUGUUUCUGGUUAUUUAGUUUAUUCUAAGGAUUUUUCUUCUGUGUUACCAUAUAUGCAUUAUUGAAUGGAAAUCCAAACAAACUUGGAUUACCUUUUGAUCCUGAUCGUAAGCAAUUUUAUUCAAAUUUUUAUAUAGAUUCUUCUUGUGGUUUUGAUUUAGAAUAAUACAAAUAUAUAUACUUUACUACACCUUCAAAAAAUUUCUUGUAAAGGACUGUAUGUUUGAGUGAAUGUCCAAACAAGUAAUAAAUAUGUAGCACUAAACUGCUAUGCUCUCCAAAUUCCAUAGUAAAAUCAUGUCAAAUAAAUCCAAGUGUAACCAAUAUUAGUGAAUCUAUAUUAGCUUAUCCUUCAGAAGCAUACAAUAGUUAAAUAUGCUUACCAAAAAAUCCAGAUUACUUAAAUGAAAUAAAAGAAUAUAUUGUUCCUAGUUUCAAUCAACGACUUGGUUCAGGUUUGAGAGAUUUGAAAUGGGUAAUAUUAGGAAUUUCUUUGAUAUCAGUUAUUAUUAGGUAAUAAUUCAUGUUGACUAAAAUAGUCACACAUAUUUUUUGGGGUUAUUUUUUGAUUAUUGUACUCAGUUUAUUCUCUUUAUGUUUUUUGAGUGCCUAGCAAUACUAUUAAUCAUAAGAAUAAUUACUAUUAGAUCAAUAACUUGAGAUAAAUAAAUUGAUAUCAUUUGCUAAUUCCCUCGAGAUAUGUUAAAAAUUAUACUAAAUAGUUAUAAUAAUUUCUAUCAUUGCUAUAAUCUUAAGUAUUAUCUAUGCAAUAUAUCUAAAAUCAUAAACAAUUUUAUUGAAUUCAUUCAUCAAAGUAGGUGGGGAUUUUAUUAAAUCAAAUAUAACAUGUAUAAUUGCUCCUUUUGUAGGUGCAGUUAUAAUCAUGUUAUAUUCAUUUGUUUGGAUUGAAUAGCAAUUGUAUUUAUUGUCAAAUCUGAAAACUCAGGAUAUCAAAUAUCCAUAUUUUUAGUUGAAUUUUGCUUCAGGAGACUAAGCAUUGAUUGUUAUGAAUUUUCUCAUCUACAUUUGGACUCUUGUAUUUAUUCUAGGUUUGAUCGAAUUCUUAACAAGUGGUAUGGUCUGUGAAUGGUACUACUAACAAGGAAAUAGAGUAAACUUUGAGAAGAAAAACGUUUUAUCAAACCUAAUUAAAUACCACAUAGGAUCAGUUGCUCUUGGGUCGAUGUUAAUUACAACUUUUAAAUUUAUUAAAUAGAUAUUAAAUACAACAAAAUUGUGUUAGGGAUUUUAAAAUAGAAUACUGUAUGCUAUAUCAAAACACAAUUACGUGAUUAUGAAUAUUUAACCUAAUCAUUUUUUAGAUUGCGGCAUAAUCGUUAGAGAAUUAAUUAUAAAGGAGAUUGAUACAUUUAAUAAGAUAGGAGAGUUAGGUUAGUCAUUCUUGGAAAUAUCACGUUUGAGUAUGGCAUUGUUUUGUCAGUCAAUAUGUAUGUUGAUCAUCCAAGAUCACCCAUAUUCGAUUAUUCUGUCUUUAUAUUGCUUUGUGAUUGCAUAUAGCAUUACAAGCUUAUUUAUUUCUAUAUAUGGGUAAUCUUCUGAAGCAAUUUACAUGCUAUAUUUAUACAGUCAGAAACAUUUGAGUCAGGAAGACAACCCUUAAUGUACAAUUGUAAGAUCAUUAUAAUAUAAUUAUAGACUUUAUAAUUAGUGUUUAAUUAGUUAAAUGACGAUAUUAAUCAAAUGUAAUGACGUAUAAUUUUCUAUAUUACAUAUAUUAUAUUGCCUAAUAUAAAUAUAAAAAUGGUUCCUAUCAUCGCAAAGUCGAUAUAUUCAUUCACAUCAUCCAAGUAUGAUAUUACUGUUGUUCCUAAUAAAAUCAGUAAAAAUAUAAAAUCACUGA